GGCUGCUCCCCCCCCCCACCUCAUUCUAUCUGUUCUGCCUGGCGGGUGGGAACUGGAAGGUGCAGGGAGGGUCAGUGGCCUGGUGCAGGGUAGCCAACCAGGGCAGCUGGCCUGACAGCCUCUGAGGAAUUAGACUCUCCCAGGAGAACUGGGGUCCAGAGCCUGAGCCGCCCUCUGUCCCCAGCGCCAGCGGGAGCUGAAGCAAUGGCCUCCCAGCCGGAGAAGAGGGUGGCCUCGUCCGUGUUCAUCACCCUGGCGCCCCCGCGCCGCGACGUGGCUGUGGCUGAGGGAGUGAGGCAGGCGGCCUGUGAGGCCCGGCGUGGCCGCCGCUGGGAGUCCCCCGCCUCCGUGAAGCCCGCGGGGGCUGGCUCCGUGGGGAAGCCCAGCCCCUGGGUGCCCUCCGGCAGGGCUGCAGCCCCUGUGCCAACUGUACCACCUCAGCUCUCCAACGGAGACAUCUGUGCCUUCUGCCACAAGACUGUGUCCCCCCGAGAGCUGGCCGUGGAGGCCAUGAAGAAACAGUACCACGCACAGUGCUUCACCUGCCGCACCUGCCGCCGCCAGCUGGCCGGGCAGAGCUUCUACCAGAAGGAUGGGCGGCCCCUCUGUGAAUCCUGCUACCAGGACACCCUGGAGAAGUGUGGCCAGUGUGGAGAGGUGGUCCGGGACCACAUCAUCAGGGCCCUGGGCCAGGCCUUCCACCCCACCUGCUUCACCUGUGUGAGCUGCGCCCGGUGCAUCGGGGACGAGAGCUUUGCUCUGGACAGCCAGAACCAGGUGUACUGCCUGGAUGACUUCUACAGGAAAUUUGCCCCCGUGUGCAGCAUCUGUGAGAAUCCCAUCAUCCCCCAGGAUGGGAAGGAUGCCUUCAAAAUCGAGUGCAUGGGAAGAAACUUCCACGAAAACUGCUACCGGUGCGAGGUGAGUGGUGCAGCGGUGACCUGACCGCGCGCUCUCUGCCUGGACCCUCGGAGGCCCACGCCCACCUGCCCUGGCUGGACACGGGGGCAGGUCAGGCUGGGGGCCGAGCUCUGUGUUGGGCAGUGGCAGAGACAAAGGAGAAUGGGAAGAAUUAGACAGCUGUCCAUCAGCAUUCCUGGUGUCCAGGACAGACACAAAGUCACACUGCUUCCCGCAAGAAAGCAAACCUGUCAGCUCACGGUGGUGACCUCUUUGAUGAUUAGCAUCAGGGCUGUCUCUCCGUCUCUCGGUUCUGCCUUUUCGAUGUUUGCCAAGAACGAACCCCACACAGGGCAUCCACACAGUCCCAAGAAGGCCCCUAAUUGGCCCAGCCUGGGAGGCAUGCCCCUCGGAGCCAAUCACCAUGCCUGGGUGCCAGGAUUGACAGCAGCAUUGACAGCCCCUGGCACUGGAAGGCAGAAUCCUAUGAAGCGGUUGGCUUGCUACCACCCUAGGCAGGGAGAGCAGGUGCUGGGCAGAGUAAGGCCACCCGGGUCCUGUGUGGGUGCUGAAGAGAGCACUUAUCUUAUCGGUGGGUUUGGGGAGAAGGCAGUGAUGGAGGCUGAGCAGGGUGGUGGGAGGAGAGGCAGCCUCACAGAGCGGCGGUGCCUAACGGAGGCUACCAGGGUGAGCGAAGCUGCCAGGUAUUGAGAGAUGGAAUCAGGAAACAGAAAGAGGGAAGGGCCUGUGGAACCCGCAGCAGCAGCAAGCCCCAGGAAUCGGCCAUGGGGGUCCCCAGGUGGGUCUGGAGCCGAGAGGGAGUGGUGAGUGUAGUCCCAGGGUGCAGCUCCACAAUCCAGAGCUUGCCUACCUUGUGGGGCUCUGAGUUCAAUCCCCAGUGCCACAAGAGAUCAAAAAGAAAUGCCCAAGGAGUCAGUGCCCCGCGGAGGCUACAAAGUCCUGUGUCACCAUCCUGUUAUCAGCAACUCAGGAGGCUGAGGCAGGAGGAUUGCAAGUUUGAGGCU